AUGAGUAAAAUAAAUUUCAUUUCGUGUGUUUAUUGGAUCAAAAGAGGGGUCACCAAAGAGGUGCCCAACAAAGUAGAGCUCACCAAAGAAGACCUCAAACGCAUUAUCGAUGAACACAAACAACACCUGCCUGAAGAUGAACAGUUGGUCAACGCACAAGAAGUGCUGCCAUUAUGUCAUAGAUUCACAAAUGACGAUCAGAUGAGUGUGUCGUCCGAAGAAGGGGAGGAAAACAAUGAGAACGACGACAAUAUUGUGGAGAAGUAUGAUCUGGAUAAUUAUGAUGACGACAGUGAGGGAGAGUUGGGAACCAAUAGUUUGAGUGCUUUGGCGAGUCUUACGGUCUUUGCCGAUAACAACGACGACCCGUAUAUACAAAAUGAUGUCAAUUCAGACGAAUCAGACGAAGAGGAAGACUUUCGGAUCAAACCGACCGACAAUUUAGUUCUCGUCGGACACGUCGAAAGCGAUGCCUCUGUUCUUGAGGUCAAAGUGUAUAACGAAGAGGACGACCAUUACGUACACCACGACAUCAUCCUUCCGUCGUAUCCCAUAUGCAUGGAGUGGAUUGACUACAGUUCCGGUUGUGAAGAAGCCGUCAAUCACGUGGCCAUUGGAGAUAUGACUAAAGAGAUAACCAUAUGGGACAUGAAUACUGUCAACUCAUUAGAACCGGUCUCCAGACUCGAUGGCCACUCGGACGCUGUACUGGACCUGUCGUACAACAGAAAUGUGGGCAAAAUCUUGUCGAGCGCUUCUGCCGAUCAGAGCUGUUGUGUUUGGGAUUUAGAGAAAUGUGAAGUCAUAUCACGUUUCAAUCACUUCAAGAGUAACGUUCAGUCCAUUGAAUUUCAUCCCUUCGAAGCACAGACACUACUGUGCGGUGACACCAAUGGCAUGGUUUCCAUCGGUGACUGUCAGAGCGGAGCCUUCAAGAAGUGGAAAGUGGAGGGAGAGUGUGAGAUCGAGAAAGUCAUUUGGAAUCACUUGAAUCCAUACACAUUCUUCUGCUCCACAUCUGAUGGAAAUGUAUUCAAUUAUGACGUCCGUAACGAACAGAAACCCAUUUAUUCAGUCAAAGCCCACUCGGACUCAGUGACAGGUUUGGCGCUCAGUCGCCAAUGCCAGGGAUGUCUGAUCACAGCAUCGACUGACAAACUCGUGAAGGUGUGGGACGUCGACGACAAAAGCGCUCAUUUUAUUACACAGUUUUCUGAUUUAAAUAUCGGCGCCGUUUUGAGUUUGAGUCCAAACCCGGACUUACCAUUCAUUAUAGCCGUCGGCGGAGACAAUAAUAAAGCGGAAAAUUUUAAAAUCAUUGAUAUUUCAAAAUCCAAAAAAGAUUAUUAA